AUGUCUAAUAUAAAUUUAUUUAUAUUAUCUCCUUUAAGUCAAUUUGAAGUAACUAGUUUAAUAGGUAUAAAUGCACCUAUAUUAGGUUAUAUUCAUAUAAGUUUAACAAAUUUAGCUUUAUAUAGUAUAUUUAUUUUAUUAAUAGUAGUAGGUUUACAUUUUUAUGGAAAUAAUGAUUAUAAUUUAAUUCCAAGUAAAUGGUCUAUAUCAUUAGAAUCAUCUUUUGCUAGUUUAAAUACAAUGGUAAGAGAACAAGUAGGAAGCCAUAGUGAAGUAUAUUUACCUUUUGUUUAUUCAAUAUUCUUUUUUAUAUUAAUUGGUAAUUUAAUAUCUAAUGUUCCUUAUUCAUUUGCUGUAACAGCUAGUGGAGUAGUAGCUUUAGGAUUAAGUUUAACAAUAUUUAUAGGUGUAACUAUAUUAUCACUUUCAAUACAUGGUGUUAAAUUCUUUUCUUUCUUUAUUCCUGCUGGAACUCCUUUAGGAUUAGUACCUUUAUUAGCAUUAAUUGAAUUAAUAUCAUAUUUAGCUAGAGCAGUAUCUUUAGGAGUAAGGUUAUUUGCUAAUAUUGUUGCUGGUCAUACAUUAUUAAAAAUAUUAUCAACUUAUUUAUAUAAAUUAUUUACUGGUAAUAUAAUUGUAGCCAUUAUUACUUUAAUACCUUUCACUAUUUUCUUAGCUUUAGUAGGUUUAGAAAUAGCUGUUUCUUUAAUCCAAGCAUUUGUUUUCACAUUAUUAGUUUGUUCAUAUUUAAAAGAUGCUAUAGAAUUACACUAA